GCGUUCAAACCGGUCAACGUCGUAAUAGCAAACGCGAGCGCGAGGCAGUGUGACACCGAAAAGGAACGGAAGCUCUUCCUAGAAGCUAUCCGCAGCUCGCGUGUGGACUCCAAGAUUUGUAUUUGAUAUCUCCCCAUGGCUUCGGAGGAUGUUGCACAGCUGGCUGACUCCCUGGCUAAGACUAAGGUUGGGGAGGGAGAGCUGAGCUAUAAGGGGAGAGGACUGAAGUUUGACAAUGCACAGUCUGUGGAGGAGCUAGUGAAGGAUGUGGAGAAUUUCCAGGGGUUACAGGCCUUGAGACUGGAAGGGAACACCUUUGGAGUGGAGGCAGCAAAGGCCAUCGCCAUGGCACUGGAAAAGAAGAGCCAGCUGGAGUGUUGCUACUGGAGCGACGUGUUCACGGGACGUGUGCGUGCAGAGAUCCCUCCAGCUUUGACUUCCCUUGGAAGUGCCUUGAUGACAGCUGGGGCUCAGCUGAGAGUGCUUGACCUAAGUGACAAUGCUUUUGGGCCCGAUGGGGUGAAGGGCAUCGAUGCACUACUCAAGAGCUCUGUAUGUCACACAUUGCAGGAGUUGCGUCUCAAUAACUGUGGAAUGGGCAUUGGUGGAGGCAAGAUUCUAGCUGCUGCCCUGACAGUGUGUUACAAGGAGUCCAGUGCACUGGGCUCCCCCCUCAAGCUGAAAGUAUUUAUUGCUGGCAGGAACCGACUGGAAAAUGAUGGGGCUACAGCCCUUGCACAUGCUUUUAAGAUGAUGGGAAGUUUAGAGGAGGUUCACAUGCCCCAGAAUGGCAUCACCCACCCUGGAGUGACAGCUCUGGCUAGUGCCAUGGAGCACAACCCCCAGCUUCGUGUCCUCAAUCUCAAUGAUAACACCUUCACCAAAAAGGGGGCUAUAGCCAUGGCAGAAGCUUUGAAGAAGCUGCGCAAUGUUCAGGUUAUCAAUUUUGGAGACUGUUUGGUGCGUUCCGAGGGGGCUAUGGCCAUUGCAGAUGCCCUUAUGGAGGGGCUUCCCAUCCUCAGGGAGCUGAAUCUCUCUUUUGGUGAGAUCACACAGGAAGCAGCACUGGUAAUUGCCCAGGCUGUACGGGAUAAAGCCCAGCUGGAGAAACUGGAUCUCAAUGGGAAUUGUCUGGGAGAGAAUGGCUGUGGAGCACUGAGGGAGGCCAUGGAAAGCAUGAACAUGGGGGAUGUCUUGGGAUCACUGAGUGAUGAUGAAGGUGAGCCAGAGGAAGAUGAUGAGGACGACGAAGAUGAAGAUGACGACGAAGACGAGGAUGAUGAUGAUGAUGAGGAGGAAGAGGAUGAGGAGGAGGAAGAGGAGGAGGAGGAAGAAGACAAUGAAGAUGAUGGAGUGAAGAAAACUGAACAGGAUGUAAAACAAGAAGAAAUCCUGGCAAAACCUCAGAUCACUACUGUGUCUACCCCAGUAUCAUCAUCAUGCCCCCCAGAUGUGGCUUCCUUCCUCAGCUUUCCCUCUCCUGACAAGUUAUUGAGACUUGGGGCCAAGAGAGCACUGCUUAUUGAGCAACAGGUGGAUGUGACUGAUGCUGCAAAGACAGUGGAAGCCUUUCUGAAGAUAUCCUCUGUGUUCAAGGAAGAGUCAGAAGUCAAGAAUGCUGUGCUGGAUAGUGUUGAUGCUGUGCUUAAGAAAGCUUUCUCAAGCCCCUCUCUGCAGAGCUAUAGCUUCAUUUCAGUGCUGUUGGUGAUGUUGGGACUGAUCAAGAGUGAAGACAAAGUGAAACCAGUGCAAGUGGUGCCAGGGCAUCUGUUGGCAUUGGAGCAUGCUGUGCGACAGGACUACUUUCCCCGAGAGUAUGUUGCUGUACUGCAGGCUUUUGUUUCCCGUCAAAGCAAGUCAGUGGGAUCCUGUGCCAGUGCCAGAAGUACCCUCUUGUCCACGCUGGCCCAGAUCAGGCCUGAGUGUUAACCUUCUCAAAGUCAUCGGGUGGUGUGAACUCUGCAGAGUGCAGACGUGGAUCACAAAACAAAUGAACUGAACACCAUCACCACGCCCAUUUGACAGCUGUUUGCUGCAUUAGCAGCUAAGCAGAAACAUACAUUCAUAUCGGAGCAGACCUGAAGAUUCGGAAUAUUGACAGAAGACAAUCGUGUUACUACCAUACCCCUGAACUUUCUUUGUAGGAUGUUAUAAUAGAGACACAGAUGGACAGAUGAACUCAUGUAAAAUCAAAUAACCGUAUCUGAUCUCUUUCUGGAAUUCACACACAAAAAAUGAACUGGAGAAACUUUAAAGUAUGACUGCUUUCUGCUUCAAGAGACUGGUAACCCAGGUGAUCUCUGCAGCAAUGCAUUUUGUUUAUAAGCUUUCUUGUUUGUAAUGGGGUAAAAAGAUUAAUGGGGUCAAGAAGCAGAAUGCAAAGAUUUUUGGACUAAGGCUGUAUACAGUACUUUGUUCUUAAACUAAGAAAACAACAAACUUCUUAGCAUCAUUGAUUGUAUUGUUUAUUUUCCCCUUUUUCAUAUAAUGGGACAAAAUGUGGAAAAAAAAAGGGAAUUGGUUAUGAAUUUUGCCUUGAUAAAGAUUUGCAGAGUGUUAUGUCCAACACUACAGGACACAAUAUAAUAGAAAGCUGGUGUGGUUGUUAUUCUGUAACUGUUGCCCAGAGUCAGAUGGUCAUGCUUCUUUACCACAAAAUAUUCAUGCAAGAUACACAGGAUAAGAUGUUACACCUCAUGCCAUAGACACAGUAAUACUAAAACUUUAUGGUGUGAAACAUAAAUUACAAAACAGGGGCAAAGAGGGCUUUGACUAACCAGGUUCCUGUUUUUUUUUUCUGUUUUCUCCCUGAGCAAUACAUUAUACAUCCGAGUGAGAAUUUUAAAAUUAAUUUUAGGAAGGAUAGUGUUUUCAUUGUUCGUUAACUGGUCUUGGCUUUCAAAGUUAAAGUAUUUGCUAUUAAGGCAGGUAACUCGCUUGAACGCGUGUCACGUUGUGAAAAAUAUAAA